GAUUCCGUUUUCCUUGUGCAACUUCAGAGCUCUACUCGCGUAUUUUGAAAUGUCAAUGUUCGUCUAGACGCGGUCGUGGUUGGUCGUUUCGUGCGUGCGUGCGUGAAAUUUUGAGUAAAUACAGGAAGGUAGCAGCAGUAUAAAAAACUUGUUCGGCAACUUUGGCAAGAUUUCUCUAUCUGCGUUCGCUUCGUCGAGUGUGGGCUGUAGGAAAAGAGGCAAGAGAUCGUUCUUUUUCAGUAAAGAAUUUUCCUCUUAACAAAUUUUCACCGAUCGCUGCAAGUGCAAGCUAUUUAAAUUUUCGCGUUUUUCCUUCAACAUAAAAAGAAUCCAGAAAGUGUGUGUGGAAGUGGAAUUCGGUGUAUCGACAAAGCAACCUUCGAUGAAGAGAGCGUACAGUGAAUGAAGGGAAAUUCGAUUGCUUUGAUUCGAAUCGAGGCAUAACAAGAGAAAAUCCACCAGAAAGAAUUUGAUGCCGAAGAAGUAGAUAAAGAAAAUAAAAUAGUAAAGUGAAGAGUGAAACUAGUGCAGAUAUCAUUCCGGGGGGAAUCGAUUCCGCUGAAGGAAGAGGUAUAAUUACGAAAGUCAAUUCAAAGUGUAAAUCAAUGUGUGACAGAGCAGCUGUAAAUAGGGGAGCACAGCCAGCGCGGUUAAGUAAGCGCUGAAGGUCGGAUUAGUGUGGGGUAGGCAGCAGGUAGUAGGCGAGCCCAAGGCAGAAAAAUAAUCAACAACAAAAACAACAACCGUGUGUGGUGAAUUGAUUUUGUCUGAAGCCGGAGAUUCCUGUGUGGGAUCGGACACAGAACCAUGGCCCGGCUUACGGAAGAAAUGGUCAUUGCGCGAUCCAAGCAGUCGGAUUUGGGUGCUAUCAAAAAGCUCAACUGCUGGGGAAGUGAACUAAGCGAUGUCUCCAUCAUCCGACGCAUGCGUGGCGUCGAAGUGCUGGCAUUCAGUGUCAACCGGAUAAGCACACUGGCAGAUUUUGAAAACUGUAUAAACCUCCAGGAGCUGUACCUCAGAAAGAACAAUCUGACCGACAUCGAUGAACUUAUGUAUCUGCAGAAUCUCCCCAAGCUGAAGAACCUGUGGCUGGAGGAGAAUCCCCUGGUGGACAGUGCCGGCCCAAACUACCGACAGAUCGUACUCCGCGCGUUGCCAAAUCUCAAAAAGCUCGACAAUGUUGACGUCACCCCAGAGGAAGUAUCGGAAGCGAUGCGGGCGCAGGUCGCCCCAGCCCAGCCGAAACACGAAGCGUACGAAAAUCCUUCCCCUCCACCCCCUUCUGCAGCAGUCCAGCAGCAUCACCAGCAACAGCAGUAUCGCCAGCAAAGUCCCGUCGUCGAGCAAUCCCAAUCGACGACCCCGUCGUCAUCGGCGCCCAUGAUGCCCCCACCGCUGCAACAGAUGAGCCCGGAAAACACGGAAUCGGAGUGCAUCAGCGAUCCGGCCGAUCGUGGUUCACUUCCGUCGUCGCCACUGCAGCGAAGUCCGCCGAACCGGGAUAGUUACUCACCUCCGCCACAAACUCCGCAUGCAUCGCACUAUUCCAGUAAUCACCGCGGUUCCUACCACCAGUACGAUAGAUCGCCCGGCUCCGACCAGGACAGCCCCGUUUCCGGUUACAGAGAACGCGUCCCGAUUGCACCGAGCAUUUCGACACACUCCAUGAAGGAAUACUACCAGUCCGACUACCAGCGCCAGAACCCGCCCGCUCACUAUCGCCACAGCCAGCUUGACCUGACGGAAUGGGAAGAAGGAGGUGGCGGCGGCGGCGGUGGCCACACCCAGCAGCAGCAGCAUCACAUGAACAACAACAACGGUCACUCGUCCAGCCACAUCAACCAGUUCAACCAGCAUCCUCAGUCGAACCCGCAGUCACAACAGUACGGCAACUCCGGCCAUCCCCAGAACCGGCGGAGCAUCGGCGCCAACAGCGAACGGGAUCUUUACCAGUACCGCAACGGCAACGGCAAGGGGCCCGAUUCCCGAGACGAGUGGGAGGACGUUGACCGCCGGCGGAACGAGAAUAGGAGAUCGGAUUCGAGAUUUAACGACAGUGCAAGUGUGAUAUCGAAUGCCGUUCUGAACCACUUUGCCGGAGUACACCGGAGGCCUGUCAAUAGAAACUCAAACCUGCUCUCGGCCACGCUGUGUUUGGUGAAGGAGCUCGACUAUCCCAGCCUGGAGGUGGUCGAACAUGCCGUUCGGUGUCGCAUCGACGAGCUGGCGGAAUAAUUUUAAAUUUUGCUGAAAUCCCGAGCAAAACACCAACACCAAUCGCGCUGCUGUUUUAUAUUUUUCUUCUUCUAAUCUUCUACUAAUAGUUCUCUCAGUCUUGAAAUUUCACCCGUUUCGGGGGUGCGCGAACGAAUCGCAAUAACUUUAUUUCUUUUCUCUUCUAACAAUUGGAAACGAGAGCAAAUAAUCCGAGAAUGGGCCUUGUCAAGAUGCGUUCAACCGCGCGAGGGAACCGUGUUAAAUUAAAAACAAUUUGUGAUUCACUUACAUUGAGAAAAGACUUAACCACAUGCCAGACAAAAGAGCAUGGAAACAGCAACAGGAUCAUAUUGUCGCGCGAAUGAUCAACUCAAAUAAAACUGUAUUCAUUAGUAACAAAAAAAGGUGAACAACAUCAACAACAAAACAAGAAGCAAAACACAAUAAUCUGCCAACUUUGUAAUAGAGAAUCGUAAAACUAGAAAGAUAGUAGUUCCCAAGAAACUAACACCCCUCAACAUAAUGCCUGUUAAUUAUUAUUUAUAAGGAAACAUAGCUUAUUUUGUUAUGUUGAGAGAGAAAGAGAGCGAAAUAAAUUGCAGCUAUAAUUAUUUUAUACACAUCCUUUUUGGCAGCUUUAAAUGCAACCCUUACUAGCGUUUCAGUCCAAUAUCAGUACAAAUCGAGCAGCAAGUCAGGAAGAAUCGUUUUACAACAAAGAAUAGAAAAUUGAAACUGAACCAGCAGAGUGUAGCAGGUACUGAUGAGAAAGCAUUGUAUGAUUUGGAUAGUGGCAUGCAAGAUUGCAUUCAAGUUGUUUCAGUGCGCGCGCGCAUGCGCCAAAAAUCCGUUAUCAUAUGCGAAUUCGUCCAAACUUUGGGUUUUUAAGGCUCGCUUAGAUGCAGAUGUCGACAUCCUAUUGCCGGCAGGUGUUUUCAAAAUUAUUAUAGCGCAGAUGAGAUAAAGUUGCGGAAACGUUCUAAACGUGACAAAAAUCAGCGAAACAGCAACUGGGUAAUCGGCGCUGCGACGAAAAAAUAAUGCAAUGGUUUAAUAAACAAGUACUAACAAAAAUUAAA